CAGUUAUUAGGUUACCUAGGCAAGUCACCCACCAUCGCCGGCGCCGCCGCCACCACCACCACCACCACCAAACCCCAUCGCUCACCACACUGGAUUCUCUCUCACCACCACGCACCACCCCUCCGCCCACUCCCCCUUCUCCCACCCACAACCUCAAUCCCUGCAUCGUCUCGCCGCGUCUCCGAUCCACGCAUUCUGCUCCACGACGACCCGGCGCUGGAUCUCCCCUCCUGCAUUUUCCCAUCCCACCUCCCUCACUUCCUCCCUCCCCUUCCCUGCCUGGCAAUCCCCGCGGUAGCUCGCCUCAGCUGCCCACCAGACUGCCACCAUGGGCCAAACCCUCUCGGAGCCCGUUGUCGAAAAGGUGCGUCCAUGCCCUCCCGCGAGCCCCGUGCUGCGCGGGCCUCGUCUUCUCCCGACUACGCGACCGCUCCCGACCGAGCAUCUCCUCCCCGUCCUGCCUGCCUGCUCGCCCGCCGUCAGCCUCGUGCUCGCAUCGUCACGACCCCUCUCUCCCUUCCUGCCGUUUCCCCACCACGCCCGGCCGGCGACGAGGCGCUUCGUGGUCAUGACACGCCGCAACGCGCUCCCUCUUCCUCCUCCUCCUCCUCCUCCUCUCGAUGACGCGCGCCCGACUUGCCCGCCUUGUCGGCCCCUUCCAGAAUGCUGACCUUGACCCCCCGCCGCAGACUUCCGACAAGGGCGAGGAUGAUAGACUCAUCUAUGGCCUGUCCGCCAUGCAGGGUUGGCGCAUCAGCAUGGAGGAUUCCCACACGGCCGUCCUCGACCUCGGCAACCCCAACUCGACCGACCCCAAGAAGCAUCCCGACAAGCUGUCCUUCUUCGGCGUCUUUGACGGCCACGGAGGUGACAAAGUAGCCCUCUUCGCCGGCGAGAACAUACACAAGAUCAUUGCCAAGCAGGACAGCUUCAAGACUGGUGACUACUCUCGCGGUCUCCAGGACGGCUUCCUUGCCACCGACCGGGCCAUCCUCAAUGACCCCAAGUACGAAGAGGAGGUUUCGGGCUGCACCGCCUGCGUCAGUCUCAUCGCUGGGAACAAACUCUACGUCGCCAAUGCCGGUGACUCAAGAGGCGUCCUGGGAAUCAAGGGAAGGGCCAAACCCAUGUCUCAAGACCACAAGCCACAGCUUGAAGCGGAAAAGAACCGUAUCACGGCUGCUGGAGGGUUUGUCGACUUCGGCCGCGUCAAUGGCAACCUCGCCCUGUCGCGCGCAAUCGGCGAUUUCGAAUUCAAGAAGAGCGCCGAUCUCUCUCCUGAGAACCAGAUCGUCACCGCCUUCCCUGAUGUGGAUUCUCACGACCUCACCGAAGAGGACGAGUUCCUCGUGCUCGCCUGCGAUGGUAUCUGGGACUGCCAGUCCUCCCAGGCUGUUGUCGAGUUCGUCCGACGAGGCAUCGCCGCGAAGCAGGACCUGGACAAGAUCUGCGAGAACAUGAUGGACAACUGCCUCGCCUCCAACUCGGAAACCGGUGGCGUUGGCUGCGACAACAUGACCAUGGUCAUCAUCGGAUUCCUCCAUGGAAAGACCAAGGAGGAGUGGUACGAGGAGAUCGCCAGAAGAGUCGCCAACGGCGAUGGCCCUUGCGCGCCCCCGGAAUACGCCGAGUUCCGCGGCCCCGGCGUUCACCACAACUACGAGGAUAGUGACAGUGGUUAUGAGAUGGAUGCGGAGAACAAGGGAAAGAGCUUCGGAGUCGGUGGGUACCGAGGCCGAAUCAUCUUUCUCGGCGACGGCACUGAGGUGCUUACGGAUUCAGAUGAUACCGAGAUGUUCGAUAACACGGACGAGGACAAAGACCUCGAGAGUCAAGUUUCCAAGAACGCAUCGACCGACGGCGCUCACGCCCCCCAGCCUGCCAGCGAGGCGUCCGCCACCGAACCGAAGCCGGAGACGGGAGACGCAAAGCCUAGCAAGAGCGAGACGGCGCCUCCCAAGCAGGAGAAGUCGGAGUCUGAGGACAAGAAGGAUUAGGUGCUCGUUUUGCCCCAUGACUCUUCGUACUGAGAGGAGCGCUGUGGCCCGGCCCGCCGCGGCGGGACCAGGGUGGCUUGGUGUCGUCUCUUUUCAAUUUCGAUUUUAACAUGAUGCUCGACCCAGGCGAGGGACUCGGGACAGGAUUGGUUGGGCAUUUUUCUCCCGCGAUGGGGGUGAGGGAAUGGCGGUUAGACAUGAUGUGGUCCUCCCCCCUUUUCUUACUGCCGAGUUUCUGUUGUGUGCAAAUGUCAUUCGGUGUAUGGGCGGUCAAAUACUGGAUUCGAAGACAAAGAGACACGAGACCAGGUCCCCUCAACAUCCCGUGUUUUCUCGAUGCUUUGGUGCCCUGUUAAUCCAGCGGCGCGACGCCCUUGCCCCCCGGCAGCCGACAUGCAUCAAUCCGCCAGACAAGACAGACUCUGCGACAUUAUCCAAGGGAGGAAGGGACAAGGGGGGCGCUGGUGCAAAGAUCGGCCUGGGGUCGUUUGGAUAGACGGCGGUGUGCGCGGUCGGGGUAGGUGGCGGCGGCGACGGGUGCCAUUGAUGGGUGGCUCUAGGCGGGCGAGACCGGGUUACGAUAGAGAAUGGGGGCAAUUUGGCGAAGCUGCUGGUUGCUUGGGUGGGUUGGCACGGAUGAAUCGAUCAAGGGACGAACGUACGAUGAACGGACGGGAUGGAUAGAUGGAUGGGAUGGGAUGGGAUGGGAUGGAUGGAUGGAUGGAUGGGCUCUGCCAGUGGUAACAUAUAUCCCCCCCGUUUUGCGCUUUCAUGAAUUCUGUUCUCGCGAUGCGUCUCGUCGUCCCCGCCCCGCGCGCCCCUUUUGGGAUAGCAAAGUAAAGUACAUGAGUGAACUCCCUGCCUCACUCCAACAACACCCCGCUUCGAU